AUGCGUUGUUCCGUGUGCAACUACUACUCGUGGAGCUACUUCAUCGCGUUCGGCGAAAUCUUCAUCUCCUUCCACAUCGCCCGAGCCUUCCUGUACUGUGCACGCUCCGCUGCAGCUUCCGAAGAAUUGGGUUGCUAUAAUGUGGAGCCCAUCUUCGUGCUGCUGGUGUUGUAUAACUUGCUGUCACUGCUGCUGAUAAUUGGCGUGACGAAGCGCAACGAGAAGCUGCUACAGAUCUAUCAGACCUGCACCAUCACGCUCAAAGCAUCGGCCAUCGUGCGAAGGAUAGUGCUCAGUGCCACCGAGUACAACGAGAAUAAUGUGGGCAAGACGAUCAUCGAGCUGAAAAUCAUCAUCGUUUUUACGCUAAUCUUCACCCUCGAGGCCCUCGUGGUGGCUGGGGCCUGUCGAAAGAUGCGCCGAGAGCAGCAGGAACAACUGUACUACAUCGACGUGGUCUAGUAGGCGCAUCUCCCGGUGGGGCGAGAGGAAGAUUAAGGACCUCGCUACGAGGGUUCCACACAGCAAGUGAGCCAACCGGCCCCUGACGUCGACACGCAUGUCGGACUGCUUCUCCGUCGUAGACUGCCUGGUAGUGUGUGGGUAGUACGUUUUGCCAAGAACUUCGGUCCCCGUCUUCGGAUUGAUAAUCUUAACUCCAUCCAUAUCCCGGCGCCUCCCUCGUAACGGGGGAGGCGUCGGGCGUAUACUUUACACACCACUUUACACACAAACGCACACGCCCGUAUCUUUACAAUUCGAGGUAGCUUGGUGCUGCUUUGUUGGUAGUGGAGGUGGAUAUAUAUUGGACGAGCAAGCCGAGGGACGGACACCCGCAAUUAGUAGCGUAAAGAUAUUAGUAACUGCAGUGACUUUGAAAUCAAUCCUUUUGGAGAUGAUCCCUUUGAAAACGGUGGUACGUUUUAUUGUUUCUACUCAGCGCUUUUAUAUAACGAUAAAAAGUAUCAAACAAAACCAAAAACAUUGUAAAAAAUGUGCCGACACUCCAAGCAAAUAUUACGGUGGCCUCGUACGUUCGGUUCUGCAUUUGGAAGUAUUUAGAAU